GGAGACAAGAGCAGCGGAGCAGCGGGCAAGCCACCAGCCCAGAAACCCAGAAAUGAAGCGUGUACGCAGAUAAUAAAUGUUGGUAAACGGCAUGGCAGUUCGCAGAGAACAACACACCGCUCCGGGGAUAUAGGCGACAAGGCUGAGUCGUUCGGGAACGCCACUCGAGACGGUUUGAAACUGAAGAAAACAACACUGGAAAAAGAAGGGGAUUGCACACAACAGUGACAAUAAAACAACACUCAUCGACAAGUGGUCUGCUUUGGUGCCGAGGUUGAAGUCCGAACCCCCUUUCCAAAAAAACCCAAAACAAAACAAAACAAAACAGCCCACCAACAACAACAGGAAAUAUAGGUGAAGUGAUAUUCUGUUGGAAGUAUUGUAACGGUUGCUCUCAAGUAGUGUUUCUGCGUGGACUCUAAACUCAGGAAACAAUGAAGACAUAGCGAGCAAGAACUCAUCAAGUGUCUCGAAGCUGCUAGCUGUCCCGCUAGCGUUAGCUCGGUUAUUUUGUGGGUAGCGAAUGCGAGGCAAAGCUAACGCCCGCUAGUGCAGCCAAGAAAGCUAAGUUAGCUUUUGGCUAACAUUAGCUGGCUAGCUGAACGCGUUUUUUGAGAAACUUUUGGUGUUGUUUCCCCGGAGCCCAAACACCGAGGGAUCAUUGUGAAAACAGAGGGGAAGGGCAGGUUCCCUUCUGGACUUUUCCCCCUCUACGUAUUUUUUUACUAUGAUGGCUGCGGAGGUCAGCAGUGAGGAUACGGGCUCGGUCGCGACAGGGACAGGGGUGGCAGGCGGAGGAGGCCCGGAGACGACGGCCCAUUUCCCAUACUAUCCCAAGCCGAGCAGAGUGCGAGCCACUGAUUUGGGGCAAGGGCCGGGACCAGCCAUCCGGCAGCAUUCAAACACAUCUCCGGACUCACUUUCAGACAUGAAUAUGAUCUAUUCCACCAUGCCUAGUGGGGAUAUGACCGGACAAGUGCUGUCCGCAGCAGGGAGUGGCGUAGCAGGAGGUGGACAUUCAGUUUUUCAAGGAACAAGCUCAGGGACAGCGGGCGGCAUGUGCUGCUCUCCCACUAUGGAAGGUCCAGCUAGUCGGAUCUCACCUACAUCAACAGGCCCGGAUGGGCCCGCUGUCUUCCCACCACUUCCACCACCACCUCCUCCACCUCCUAGCUGUGGGGGGCUCGGUGGCACUAUGGAUGAAAGCGACAUGCAAGAUGGGAUGGAAAUCGACGAAGAAGAGGUGACGUUCCCACUCUCUGCACCUCCCACUAACCAGUGGUACCAUGGCAAGCUAGACCGAACCAUUGCAGAGGAGCGUCUGCGCCAGGCCCGAAAUCCUGGCAGCUACCUCAAGGAGAGCGACCGCCGGCCCGGUUCCUUUGCGUCUUUCCUCAGUGUGACCAAUGUGGUCAAUCACUUCAGGAUAAUCGCCAUGUGUGGGGACUAUUACAUUGGUGGGCGGCGGUUCUCGUCCUUAUCAGACCUGAUUGGUUACUACAGCUAUGUGUCUUGCCUACUAAAAGGAGAGAAACUGCUAUCACCAGUGGCCCCUCCAGAGCCUGUAGAAGACAGGAGGAGAGUCAGGGCCAUACUUCCAUACACCAAAGUGCCAGAUACUGAUGAGAUCAGCUUCCUGAAAGGAGACAUGUUUAUUGUUCACAAUGAACUGGAAGAUGGAUGGAUGUGGGUGACCAAUGUUCGUACUGAGGAGCAGGGACUCAUUGUGGAGGAUCUGGUGGAGGAGGUGGGCCGGGAGGAGGAUCCACAUGAGGGAAAAGUGUGGUAUCAUGGAAAGAUCACCAAGCAAGAGGCCUACAGCCUUCUGAUGACAGUUGGCCAAGUGUGCAGUUUCCUAGUCCGGCCAUCAGACAACACACCUGGCGACUACUCCCUCUUCUUUCGCACCAAUGAAAACAUCCAAAGGUUUAAGAUCUCCCCCACACCUAACAAUCAAUACGUGAUGGGGGGGAGGUACUAUAACAGUGUUGAUGAAAUCAUCGACCAUUACAAGAAAGAACAGAUUGUUGAGGGCUACAACCUAAAAGAACCUGUUUCAGUGCAACACCAGGAACAAGUACUCACUGACGUAGUGGACGGGAGAGAAAUUUAUAACACUAUCAGACGGAAAACAAAAGAUGCUUUUUACAAAAACAUUGUGAAGAAAGGCUACCUCCUGUUCAAUAAAGGCAAAGGCAAACGGUGGAAGAACCUUUACUUUAUCCUGGAGGGUAAUGACGCACAGCUCAUCUAUUUUGAAAAUGAGAAAAGAGCCACCAAACCUAAAGGGCUGAUUGACUUAAGUGUAUGCUGUGUUUAUGGUGUGCAUGAAAGUCUGUUUGGCAGGCCAAACUGUUUCCAGAUUGUAGUCCAGCACUUUAGUGAGGAACAGUACAUAUUCUACUUUGCAGGAGAGGCUCCAGAGCAGGCACAGGAUUGGAUGAAAUGCCUUCAAACUUUCUGUACUAACCUAAGGAAAACCACUCAGCCCACCACCAACAAGAGGCUUAGACAGGUGAGCAGGCUGGUGCUGUAUGUGGAGGAGGCCCACAAGUUGCCAGCGAAGUAUUUUACCAACCCACACUGCAACAUCUGCCUGAACAGUGUCCAAGUUGCUAAGACGCACCCAAGGGAGGGACAGAACCCCGUCUUCACUGAGGAAUUCAUUUUUGAUGACUUGUCCAGUGAAAUUAACAGAUUUGAAAUCAGCCUGAGCAACAAAACGAAAAAGAGCAAAGAAAAUGACAUCUUGUUCAUGCGCUGCCAGCUAAACCGUCUGCAAAAAGGCCAGAUGAUUGAUGAGUGGUUCCCUCUCAGCUCCUACGUUCCUCUGAAGGGCAUUGAGCCGGGCUCCUUACGCGUGCGUGCCCGCUACUCCGUGGAGAAGAUCAUGCCCGAAGAGGAGUACAACGAAUUCAAGGAGAUAAUCUUGCAGAAGGAGUUUCAUGUAGUCUAUGCUUUGGCCCACGUGUGCGGUCAGGACCGUUCUUUACUGGCAAGUCUCCUUCUGCCGAUCUUCAGGCACGAGAAGACUGAAGCCUCGCUACUCAGGACACUCAAUGACAGAGAGAUUAGCAUGGAGGAUGAGGCCACAACGUUGUUUAGAGCGACUACACUGGCCAGCACACUGAUGGAGCAGUACAUGAAGGCCACAGCAACGCCCUUUGUCCACCACGCACUCAAAGACACCAUCCUCAGGAUCAUGGAGAGCAAACAAUCCUGUGAGUUGAACCCUUCAAAACUGGAAAAGAAUGAGGAUGUGAACAUGAACCUGGCGCAUCUCCUCAACAUCCUGUCUGAGCUGGUAGAGAAGAUCUUCAUGGCAGCUGAGAUCCUUCCACCUACUUUGAGGUACAUCUACGGCUGUCUGCAGAAGUCUGUGCAACAGAAGUGGCCCACCAACACCACCAUGAGAACAAGAGUUGUAAGUGGCUUUGUCUUUCUAAGACUGAUUUGCCCCGCCAUCCUCAAUCCCAGAAUGUUCAACAUCAUUUCCGAUCCUCCAUCUUCAACAGCAGGCAGGACCCUUACACUGGUGGCUAAGUCUGUCCAGAAUCUGGCUAAUCUGGUUGAAUUUGGUGCUAAGGAACCCUACAUGGAGGGUGUAAACCCUUUCAUCAAAAACAACAAACAUAGGAUGAUCAUGUUUCUGGAUGAGUUGGGGAACGUUCCUGACCUUCCUGAAGCCACGGAGCACUUUAGGACGGACCUAUCCCGAGACCUGGCUGCGUUGCACGAGAUCUGUGCCACGCACUCAGACGAGCUCCGGACGCUGAGCAACGAGAGGGGCUCGGGGCAGCAUGUGUUGAAAAAGAUGCUGGCCAUCACAGAGCUCCUCCAGCAGAAGCAGGCUCAGUAUGCCAUGUCCAACAGCAACAGGACAGAGUGCACCAUCAUGUCACUCGCUGCUGCCAUCCAGGUAAUGUGAGUUUCAUAGAUUUUCACCUGAGAAUCAAAGUGUGGUAGUCAGGCCACACAGCCAGCCAAAGUGAGGCCUCAUCCUCGUGAGGUGUAGAACUGAAGACUGGGGUGAGUUUGUACUUCCAAGCAUGUGGCCUAGAUUCCUGGCAGUAUAGACGCAAUACGGCUGUUCUCCAUGGAAAACCCACUUGCUGCAUUUCUAAAUGCUGUCCUUCCAAAGCCCUUCUCAAAAUGCUUCAAAUGGCGACGGCGUGUUAAAGACAGGCAAGAAGCCUCAAAGAAACGAUAUCUGUGAAGAUCUGAGAGACUGAGCUGCAGACGUGUCCGACCUCCUUUUAUCCUGGCUGUUCCUGCCACUCCCUCAGAAACCGGAGUGGUUAUGGCUGGUGACUGACACGGAGCCAGACAAAUGGGGCACCCUGAUGGGCCACUCCUGUCUUGCGAUGACAGAGGAGAGGAAAUCCAAAGCAUUGAAGUAGCGUUUUCUGCCAUCAUCAGGGAAUUCAAACAUAGCACCUCUUGCCAAGACAACACGAGCCUUAACUCCCUUUCUACUCACCAUCCUCUCACCCACAUCACCUGAUUUUUAUAAGCUCUUCCUUUAAACCAUUGAUGACUUCCACUGUCUGCGUGUGAACUCUGAUGCAGCACGGGAACCACUUGUUACAUUUUUUUAUAUGCUGCUUUGUUUGUUGAUAUUAUAUACUUAGGCUUGUAUAGAGAAACUGUGUUUGUGUAUGAUUACAGCUGAAAGGUAGUCUUAGGAGUUCAUAGGAGAUACCUGUAACCCAUUCUGUGCAUGUGUUAAUCCUGAAAAGAUCCCGUUAUUGUGUGUGGGCCUACAUAUAUGCUGCUCUAACAACCAUCACCACAACUCCCUCUAUUGCCUUUGGAUGUAAAUCAAAGCUUUCAUGCAUUGCAGUCUCUCUUGCUUCUCCCACCACUGCAGGUGGCAUUUCAGUACACCUCUGCACCGAGUGUUUUUGAUAUAGAUCCACCCCCGAGAAGUCAUGCCAUGCACAGAUUUAUCAACUUCAACGUCAUAACGGUUGGCCUCGUGUGCCUCGUCAUGAUUCAAGCAGCUGCAAAAGUCUGAAUCUGUGCCUGUCAUAGCGCAAAAGUUUACCACACUGUUUACUGUAGUUGCACUUAAGAUACCACGGACCUCACCGAGUGUUAGCAGACAUCUGGCAACAGAUAAGUGACAAAAUGUCUGCCAACAUUGCCAAAAAAAAAUAAAUCCUCUCCUCGUCGGCUAUACCAGUAUCAGCUGUGCUACAUGGUAUAGAUGAUGUAGGCAGAAAUGUGGCGUGCUGUUGUACUUUCUGAUGAUUUGUUCCUUUUUAUUUUUCUACCUGAUACUGAACCUUGAACCUUUUGCAUCUUAGAUACGACAAC